AUGAACGAGACCGACCCCAAGAGCAUCAUCAAUCGGAUCUGCGUGCAAAUGACGAGGAACUCUCUGCAGGGUGUAGUGUUUGGUGAUGACACGGAUCAGGAGGCCAUCGCUCAGAUCCUGGACUUCAUCUCUGCCCAGACACAUAUCCCCAUCCUGGGCAUCAGAGGGGGCUCCUCCAUGGUUAUGGCAGCCAAGGACGACCAGUCCAUGUUUUUUCAGUUCGGACCGUCCAUCGAACAGCAGGCCUCCGUCAUGUUGAACAUCAUGGAGGAGUACGACUGGUACAUCUUCUCCGUUGUCACCACCUACUACCCCGGGUACCAGGACUUCGUCAACAAGGUUCGCAGCACCAUCGACAACAGCUUUGUGGGCUGGGAGCUAGAGGAGGUCCUCCUGUUGGACAUGUCCGUGGACGACGGCGACUCCAAGAUCCAAAACCAGCUGAAGAAACUGCAGAGUCCUGUCAUUCUGCUUUACUGCACAAAAGAGGAGGCCUCCACUAUCUUUGAAGUGGCUCAUUCUGUUGGCCUCACUGGCUACGGCUUCACCUGGAUCGUCCCCUCGCUGGUGGCCGGAGAUGCAGACCAUGUUCCCUCUGUAUUUCCUACAGGGCUUAUCUCAGUGUCUUAUGACGAGUGGGACUACAACAUUGAGGCCAGAGUCCGUGAUGCAGUGGCUGUUAUUGCCACGGCGACCUCCACCAUGAUGCUGGACCGGGGGCCGCACACGUUACUGAAGUCAAGCUGCCUUGGGACACCUGACAAAAAGGGCUCCCACACGGGCCACUCCAAGGAAAUACUGAAGUACCUCAUGAAUGUCACGUUUGAAGGCAGAAACCUGUCUUUUAGCGAAGAGGGUCACCAGAUGUUCCCCAAACUGGUCAUCAUUCUUCUGGACAAGGACCGACAAUGGGACCGGGUUGGCAAGUGGGAGAGGGGCUCUUUGACGAUGAGGUACCAUGUGUGGCCUCGCUUUGAGCUGUACACUGGAGUGGAGGAGCGGGAGGACCACCUGUCCAUCGUGACUCUGGAGGAGGCGCCAUUUGUCAUCGUGGAGGAUGUUGACCCGCUCAGUGGGACCUGCAUGAGGAACACUGUGCCGUGCCGCAAACAGCUUAAACUCAGCAACCAGACAGGUGAUUCAGGGAUUUACAUCAAGCGCUGCUGCAAGGGUUUCUGCAUUGACAUCCUGAAGAAGAUCGCCAAAGCUGUUAAGUUCACGUACGACCUCUACCUGGUCACCAACGGCAAACACGGCAAGAAGGUUAACGGGACCUGGAACGGCAUGGUGGGAGAGGUGGUGUUGAAGAAUGCCCACAUGGCGGUGGGUUCGCUCACCAUCAACGAGGAGAGGUCGGAGGUCAUCGACUUCUCUGUGCCGUUCAUCGAGACGGGAAUCAGUGUCAUGGUCUCCCGUAGCAACGGCACUGUCUCCCCCUCCGCCUUUCUUGAGCCCUUCAGUGCCGAUGUGUGGGUGAUGAUGUUUGUGAUGCUGCUGCUGGUGUCGGCCAUAGCUGUGUUUGUGUUUGAGUACUUCAGCCCGGUGGGUUACAAUCGCUGUCUGGCAGACGGACGAGAGCCCGGAGGUCCCUCCUUUACCAUCGGUAAGGCCAUCUGGCUGCUCUGGGGUCUGGUUUUCAACAACUCCGUCCCUGUGCAGAAUCCCAAAGGCACCACCAGUAAGAUCAUGGUGUCGGUGUGGGCCUUCUUUGCUGUCAUCUUCCUGGCCUCCUACACUGCCAACCUGGCUGCCUUCAUGAUCCAGGAGGAGUAUGUGGACCAGGUGUCGGGCCUGUCGGACAAAAAGUUCCAGAAUCCCAAUGAAUUCUCACCGCCGUUCCGGUUUGGCACGGUGCCCAAUGGGAGCACAGAGCGCAACAUCCGCAACAACUACCGGGACAUGCAUACCUACAUGACCAGUUUCCACCAGAAGAAUGUAGACGAGGCGCUGUACAGUCUGAAGUCCGGCAAACUGGAUGCCUUCAUCUAUGACGCUGCGGUGCUGAACUACAUGGCGGGCAGAGACGAGGGCUGUAAGCUGGUCACCAUCGGGAGCGGCAAGGUGUUCGCCUCCACGGGCUACGGCAUCGCCAUCCAGAAGGACUCAGGCUGGAAACGAGCCGUGGAUCUUGCCAUUCUCAUGCUGUUUGGAGACGGUGAUAUGGAGGAGUUUGAGGCCCUGUGGCUGACGGGCAUCUGCCACAACGAGAAGAACGAGGUGAUGAGCAGCCAGCUGGACGUGGACAACAUGGCAGGGGUCUUCUACAUGCUCGCGGCCGCCAUGGUCCUGUCAUUGCUUACCUUCAUCUGCGAGCAUUUGUUCUACUGGCAGCUGCGCUUCUGCUUCAUGGGCGUGUGCGACGGGACGCCCGGGUUCACCUUCUCCAUUAGCAGAGGUAUCUACAGCUGCAUCCACGGGGUACAAAUCGAGGAAAACAAGUCAUCCAUAGACUCACCUUCGGCCACCAUGAAGAAGAACAUGAACAACACCCAUUCCAACAUCCUGCGGUUGCUCCGCACUGCGAAGGACAUGACCGCUGUCCCGGGCGUUAACGGCUCUCCGCAUGCCGCCCUGGAGUACAGCCACAGUGGUCGUGAGUCAACUCUCUAUGAUAUCCAGGAGCACCGGCGCAGCCUGGUGGGUCACCCUGUAGACUGCAAGUCAGCGCCGCCUUACAAGCCAGAGGACAACAUGUUCAGUGACUACAUCAGCGAGGUGGAGAGGACUUUUGGCAACUUGCCCCUGAAGGACAGCAACCUGUACCAGGACCAUUACCUGCACCACCACCCGGCCUCGGCUCUGGGUAUGUCCGGCCCCCCGCCUAAUAGGCCGCGUAGUUUAGGCAGCGCUAGCUCGUUGGAUGGGGGCAUGUUUGAUUGCGACAGUUUAGGGGGAGGGGUAGCACCUAUCUUUACCACCCAGCCCCGGGCCUCCAUGACUCACAGGAAUACAAAUAAAUUUGACCUGAUCGCUGGCCACACCCCUGCGGAUUCCAGCCAGGUUGGGUUCACGGGGAGCAAUGUGUACGGCAGGUUUUCUUUCAAAGGAGGCGCAUCCAGCACAGGGCUCAUCGGGGGUCAUGAAAGGUACUGUGGUGGGGGUGGGGCAGGCUCAGGGGGUGACGACGGGAACAUUCGCUCCGAUGCAUCGGAUAUCUCCACGCAUACUGUCACCUACGGCAACCUGGAGGGCAACAACAAGCGGCGUAAGCAGUACAGGGACAGCCUGAAAAAGAGGCCAGCUUCGGCCAAGUGCAGACGGGAGCAGGACGAGAUAGAACUGAGCGCCUACAGGAGGAGACCCCACCACCACACCGUCCACCACCACUUCCCUCACGGCCCCCUGGCACACCGCACGGUCUCACCUCCCCUGGAGCGGAAGAGGGGAGGAGGAGGGGGUAAUUCUUCACCUUACGUAUUCCGCAAAGACAAAGAGAAUUUGAGGGAAUUCUAUGCGGACCAGUUCCGCUCCAAGGAGGGCAAGGCCAAGUGGGAGCAAGAGGGAGGAAGUGGAGGAAGCGGUGUGGGCGGCGGUAGUGGUGGUGGUAUCUGUAAAAGCUUAGUGCCUGUGGAAGACUUCCUCAAAGGUAAAGGCAAGAAGGGGAUUUCUGGUGUAGGAGGGGGGGGCAUAGCAGGGGGUGACUGGGAGUGUCGUAACUCCAACAGUGUAUGUCACCAUGGUGGCGGUGCCGGAGGAGGCGGCACGUGCCAAGCUAGCGCAGUCGGGGGGAGUAGCAGUCGCCCCAGCUCGGCCACCAGCAAACGCGGUGACUCGUGUAAGGUGCAGCCGAGCAACCUGUACAACAUCAGUGAGGACAACAUGGUGUUCCCUGGAGAGAAGAGUAGUGCGGGACCCAGCCAAACGCAGGCACAGCGCAGGAAGCUAGGGCCGGGGGGGAGGGUGCUACGAAGGCAACACUCAUAUGACACAGUCGUGGACCUUCAGAGGGAGGGGGCAGGCCGCAUGGGAGGGGCCGGCGGGGGUGGUGGGGGACAGUUUCCCCAGCCCCGAAGUGUGAGCUUAAAAGACAAAGACCGCUUCAUGGAGGGCCCCAGCCCUUACGCUCACAUGUUUGAGAGGUACUCCGGUGACCGGGAGUCUCCCAUGCCUGGAGGACUAGGGGGGGAUAGGGCGAAGGGAGGCUCCUCCUUCAGUCUGUUCCGUGGAAGCGAAGGUGGGUUGCAUCGGCGGUCGGUGGGGGAGAGAGACCAAAGGGACAGAGAUAGAGCUAUGAUGGGAGGUGGGGGCUGUGGUGGUGGUGGUGGUGGUGGUGGUAGCAGAGGGGCCGGGACUUACUCCUUGUCUAAAUCUCUCUACCCAGAUAAGGUGAACCAGAACCCCUUCAUCCCAACCUUCGGCGAUGACCAGUGUCUAUUACACGGCGGCAAACCGUACUACGUCAAAAAGCCACAGACGCAGCCACAGACGCAUCAGCAGCAGCAACUUCUCAACAACAGCCGAGGAGGAGCAGGGGACUUCCGCGGCCCCAUGGGAGCGGCUUCCUAUUUGCCCGCCUCCGCCACAGCUGGGGUGAUGUCCAAUGUGGCCCCCAGGUUCCCCAAAGACCUGUGUCUGAGCGGGGUGGGGGGGCCCAUCGGGAACCACCACGGGGCAAACAAAGUACCGCCUGCGGGCCGGGACACAUUAGGUCUGGGGCCGGGACACAGACCCUUCAAUGGUGCCAGCAAUGGACACGUUUAUGAAAAGCUCUCCAGCAUUGAGUCAGACGUCUGA